AUCACUCUCCUCUUUAUCUGUCUUACGGGCGACCAUCAUGUGCCUAAUGGUGGGCUAUCUGGUCCUCUUGCCGCUAUCGGUGAGUUUGCUGAUAACUCGAGGCCCCCGUGAUUUUUUGCCUCGAUUAGGAAACGAAAUGGCAUUGUCCUCUGGCGCUCUGGUCGUGUCUGCAGCUGGCACCAUGUUCCGCUCUUCCAGGCGUGCCGUUUGUCAGGGCUUGUUUCGCCUGAGCUGUGGGCGAGAAGAAGCUGCCCAAGGGGCACGAGUCUUGCGGCAGGGAACGGCAAUGCGCUGUGCUGAACACGUGGAAGUCAGCCAGGACUGCUGCUGGAGUCUUGCGCGGCAACAUGCAUCCCACUGCAGACGGGCUCUAGUAAGUGAAUGGGCCUCCGCCUGAUUCUUCUGACCGCCAUAUACUCCUCAGUUCAGAAUCUGAUGUUUGUGUUCUUCCUGCUCUGGAUCCUUGGAAUCUACACUCAGUUCACGGCGGUGGUUCCUUCCUUUGCCAUAAGCCUCAAUUGCGUGAUCAGUUCCGCAUUUCACACAAUACCACCCCCAGGACAGGUUCCAACCUGCAGUUAUUUUUUCAACCUCCCUACGUUGGCUCAUCCUAUCCUGCUACGUCUACCACGAUAUCGUUGUUCUUUCGUUCAAAAGCAUCCGCAGUUCAGUGAAGAAAGUUCUGAGUCAGUUCCAAAUGGCAGCCACCCGGCCUGGACAACAGCCGCAGACGAAUGGGAACAGCAAUAUGAGCGUGCAUGGUUCCCGUGCCCCGGGCAAGAUUCACGGGGUCCCUGCUGAAAUUGCUGUCGAGCAUCAUUCGAGUCAAACAGACGUCGAAAUCGACCCGGAAUCCGCUCGGUGGCUAACAGUUUCACCAUAUCUUGAGCCAGAGCAUCUCUUGGAUCUGAACAGUGUCGACACUCCACAUCGUCUUCUCGCUCUUGCAUCGACACAGCUAGAACCGGCUUCAGGAAAGUAUGCCAUAGUCCCAUACGAAGACGCAUUCGACUGGAGCAGUCUCAUGGCAACAUUGAAGUCAUUAGCAGCCAAAGAGGGAUAUAGAUGGACACGGCAAGAGUUCUACGUCGUCGAGUUCAGAUCGAAACUCAAGAAGAACAUUGCCGUUGAUCUCUUGUUCAAAUUGGACAAACAAUCCCACGUUGAAGCUACCCAGAGUGGAGGGCUUCUGAAAUACUGGUACGGGGUGCCUGACACGGAUAGGAGAAACCUGGCAACCUGCUUCUGGCGGAAUAAGGAAGACGCAGUCAACGGUGGCCGAGGGCCAUGGCACAAACAAGCACGGGCGGCUAUUUCCAGCAUGUAUGAGGAGAUUGAUGUGAAAGGGCUGCGCUUCACGAUCGAAGACGACGUGGCAAGCUGGGGAUUUUCACCGUAUGCUUGAUGCUGGAAGUUUCCAGUGAUCUGUCUGCGGUAAUCUCGAAAAAGGAGAGCUGGGCAGAUUCAAAAUUGAGAUUGACUCUUCAGGAAGCGGUGGUUGUUGGUUUCAGAGCGUCGGCGUAGCAGCGUUCAGGUCGUUCAGGGUCAAGGCUCCGGUCAUCACCUGUGGGACAUAGAUUGCUUGAAUGACAAUUCCUCAUGACCGUGCGUGGUCACAUUAUG